GACUCGUUCCGAUGUCGCAUUCACAAAGUAAUUUGUACCUCAGCGAUCGUGUUGUAAUCAACGUCAGUGGGGAACGGUAUGAAACGCUAGAAUCUACUCUCUCUCGUUACCCUAACACUUUACUUGGUUGUCCAACUAAAAGAUCCCAGUACUUUGAUCACAAGCAAAAAGAAUACUUCUUCAAUAGAAAUCGUCAAGUUUUCGACGCCAUUCUAUUUUACUAUCAGUCCUAUGGACGUCUCGUCAAGCCUGAUCUCAUCUCUGAUGACAUAUUCAUGGACGAGAUACGUUUUUUUGAAAUACAAAGUGAUUUUGUGACGGCAAGAGAGAAACUCGAAACAUCACUUUCGGGGAAUCCACAUUCGGCGCGCUCACAGCCGCAGAACCAGCUACAGCGACAAAUCUGGAUAUUGUUUACGUAUGCGGGUUCAUCAUUUUGGGCCAGGAUACUCGGGGUUUGGUCCGUCACUGUGAUUGUCAUGUCAGUCGUAAUACCUUGCAUUGAAUCUCUUGAGUACGAUUUUCAUGAAUCUGUGGGCACGAUGAGGUCAGUACUAGAGGGAAAUACUUAUGCAGUAUUGGAAUCGGGAUGUUAUAUCUGGUUCACUUUCGAAUUGUGUGUGCGCUUUGCGUCCGCUCCAAAAAAGACGCAGUUUUUUCGUCAGCCCUUGAACAUCAUUGAUUUCAUAACUGUUGUUUCAUACUAUUUGGUCUUGCUGAUUGAAGGUAGUAGAUCAGGUUCCUUGUCAGCGAUGAGAGUCGCAAGAAUACUUCGCGUGUUGCGCAUCUUCAAACUUUCGCGUUACUCAAGUGGAAUGAGAAUUUUACUCUUUACAUUCUUAACCAGCCUCAAAGAACUGACAAUGUUUUUAAUAUUUUUACUAAUCUCUGUUCUUCUCUCAUCGAGCGCGGCGUAUUACGCAGAGUAUGGAGAGCCCAAGAGUAACUUCACUUCUAUUCCUGCCACAUUCUGGUGGUCUGUUGGUACUGUAACAACUCUAGGAUACGGAGAUCAUUAUCCCCAGACCUUAGCAGGAAAACUCGUGGGCGGCGCUCUGUCUAUCAUUGGGGUUUUAAUUCUCGCUUUGCCAGUAUUCUUGUUUGUAACCAAUUUCAAAAAGGUUUUGGGCACGCACUUUUCUUUGGUGAAUGAUGACGAUGAUGGAACCGAUCAGGAAGAUUUCCGCAGGCAUCGUCUUGGUAUUCGACGUUUGAACUUUAGCUGAUUUUUUUUCGUGGGUUUAAAGCAGAAAAAGCGCUUGAAUAUAACACAGCCGCCAUGCAGGUACAUGAGCCAGGCACCUGACGAUCAGGAAGGAAUUGAAACCAAAUAGAAAUUCAAAGGAAUAAAUGC